GACAGUCAAAACAUCGAGGACGUACAACACAGAAUCUAUUAUCCGAUCAUGGUGAAACCGACCUCGUCUGCGGCCUCCGCCGCGAACAGCAGAAGAGGCCAACGUACGAUUCGAAGUUUGAUGGAGUUUCUACGCUUCCAAGCUCGACUAGAAGCAAACAAGCCGACAUUUGGCCAAUUUUUGGGUCUUUCGGUUUCAGGAAAUGACGCAGAUGAAACAAACAAAGAGGACUAUUUUUCAACUGUCAGGGAAGAUCGAUUUUGGUUCUUGGACGCAUCGCCAUCGAAUAGCAUUGUGAGAAGUGGGGAGCGGCGGCGGCAGGAACAAUCAUUGGUCUUUCGAUACCGAUUUCCUCGUAAUCGAUUGCAGGGCCUCCACAAAGGCACUCGGAAAACAUCAAUAUCAGAAAGUGGGAUGMAUUGCGGCCCCGUCGGCCUAUCAACCUACACUAGUAUUUUAGACGAAGUGACUAGUUUUAGCAUAAUCUCGGCGACGGGUCCAAGCUAUCCACGCCCCGGCGUCAGCGUGACGAUGCAGUCGCAAUGGGGACCGGCAUACGAUGCAACAUCGUCGUUGUCAUUUUUAGAAGAGGUGGACAUCGUUACGACAAUCACAAAGAAGGGAAGAAACCUUGCGUUUGUUCGUGCCGAAGUCCGUGAUCCAAGCAAUUAUGACGGCAUAAUUUGCUAUUUUGAUCACGUGAAAUACCUAACCGUCGGUUGGGGGAUGGGACUAUUGCUGACACCUGUGGGAAUGUGGUUUCUUAAUCUUUAUUCACGAUACAUUUUGCCAUACCUGUACCGAAGAAAGCAAAGAAAUCACAGCAACAACAAUAAUAUCGAAUCAAAUCGUCACACUAUUCACUCGGACAUUUUGGAUUCCUUUCUUCUAACUAGCGACACGACAGCAACUUUUCAAUUCGGACCACCACAUACGAAUGGGUUUGGUGGACUUCAUGGUGGAGUUCAGGCGAUUCUGAUGGAGCGUCUAGGUGAAUUAGUUGCACGAAGGGAGCUCUUGAAGGUGCUACAAUCGACGACUAAUUCUGGUGCCGAUGAUGUUGGCGGAGCUGCGAAGAUCAGCUGCACCAGCAACAGUGGAGAUUGGAUGGAAGCAGAAUGCCAGCGACUCGUGAUAUCCUACCAAUCCUCGGCCUCUCGAGUUUUGGAGUUGGAAGCCCACAUCAUCAAUCCCCCGCGACUCGACCAUCCAUCCGUCACGCUUCGGAUCGAAAUUUUGCGGGGUAACGGCCAACCUCAAGCAAACAAUCAGAGUAGCAGCAGCAACAACGAGAGCAUCAAUAGUAUUGGUAAUCGAGGCAGUCAGAAACCAACAUCAACAGAAUUCAAGCGUGUGGUCGUUAGUGAAGGGAUCCUGACAUUUGUUAGCACGUCGCCUAAGACAAAAGUACAAUAGAAUCGAAACGAAAAGCGCUUCCAUGCAAAACGCAGCAAAAGCGAGAAGGAAGAACAAAUGUGCUCGAAAAGA